AUGAAGUUCUCCGAUUGCGUUUUGACGAUGGUUGGCGAUUUUGCCGCCAUGAAACGUACACCUGACUAUAAACCGGCGUCACAUCUCCCAGGAACCCCGCCAACGAAGGAACCCGAAAAGCCCAGUAAUGGUCCACGAAGGCACUCCUUACACAUCAGCGAAGAAAUACCGAGACUAACUCGUCCACGAUCGGAGUCCUUUUGUUCAUCAACACCGCCUGCCGAGUCCAAGCUCUAUGAAAAGGCCCCUAGAAGAGUAUCGGCGCCCUGCAUUUCGACGUCUGGCGCCUCGACCGCUUUGAGGAAGAAGCUACAAAAAAUGCGCGACGACAAAUCCGUUGAAUCUGAUGAGCUCGCACUGAAGGAGUCUGAUGAGUCUGGAGAGGAUUCCCAAACAGAACAGGCGAAUGGCCGACCACACCCAACCUCUCCCAGGAAGUUGUCUACCUACAUAAUCUAA